AUGGCAUCGCUUCCGAGCGAUAGCCAGUACUUAGGAAGAGAAAGGCGGACUUUCCGCGCGCGAGGUGUGCCUUACGACUGGAAUCGCGACAGACUUGGAUCUUUUUUGACGGAGAAUGGCUAUGUUAACCCGGUCAUCCAUUCUCUAACCAACGAAAUUCAUGGGCGUUCGCAGACGGCUACAGUCACUUUUCAAGAUGUUCCCAAUCAACUACAGGAACGUCUAGCUGACCCGGCUAAAGGGGUUGGUCUAUAUGUGCCCUCGUCGGAUCAACACAGCAGACCGCGGAGCUUGAUGCUUGACACUGCCUUUCUUGGUGUUACAACCUUAUACAGUCCUCCCCCACACGAACAUAAAGUCGACCUUGUCGCGAUCUCUGGCCUCGGCGGACACCCGUUUGGGUCGUUUAAAGAGCGGCACGGGGAGCAUAUGUGGCUCCGAGAUGCCCUCCCGUAUGAUGUAACUGAAGAAAGUUGCGACAACAGACCCGUUUCGCGUGUCAUGGUAUAUGGCUACAGCUCAAAUCUUUUUCAGAGCGACAGUUUCCAGAAUCUGGAAGAUUUAGGGACGGCUUUUCAUCGUCAUCUUAGAAAGCUGGCAAUCGCAGGCACAUUCAAGCCGAUCGUAUUCAUCGCCCACAGCUUAGGCGGAUUGAUAGUCAAGCAGACCCUUAUAUCACUCUAUAAGUCUAAAGACGAGGAAGAUCAAAAACUAUUACGAGCGGUAUACGGAAUCGCCUUUUUUGGUGUUCCACAUGACGGCAUGGACAUUAGUUCCCUCAUUCCUAUGGUUGAAAACGGGCCGAACCGAUUUCUAUUGGAAUCUAUUGGAUGCUUUAGCUCACAGAUCCUGAGUACUCAGCAUCGUGAAUUCCUGGAGGCACUGGGGACUCAAGAGUCGAAGAUAAUUUGUUUUUACGAGACCCGCAUGUCACCAACCGCCAUAAAGGAUGAAAGAGGAAACUGGAAAAUAGCAGGCCCGGCUGCCGUUUUGGUAUCAAAAUCCUCCGCCACACACUGCCGAGAGUGGGAGAAUGGGCCACAGUUUAUCUGUGCCAUCAACCGUACUCACUCAGAAAUGGUCAAGUUUAGACCAGAAGAUGAUGAGUACGAAAAAGUAAUGGCAUUCAUUCAAGGCCUCGUCCGAGAGGCACAACAAACUCAAGAACAAAAACAACAAAUACGCAAGUGCCUGCAGUCGCUAGCCUUCGAGCAUAUGCAAACCCGUUCCUCUGGCGUCAAUGACGCUAGCUCAGGAACCUGCAAAUGGCUACUUUACCAUGAGACGUAUAUACGCUGGAUUGAAUCUAGCCAUGGACUUUUUUGGAUCAAAGGAAAGCCAGGUUCGGGGAAGUCCACACUUCUCAAAUAUGCCUUUAGUCACCAAAAGAAUCUUUCCCGUACAACGAAUAACACAGCAAACAGCGAUAUUUUUCUCUCCUUUUUCUUCCACGACCGUGGAGAGGAACUUCAAAAGACUCCGUUUGGCCUAUUCCGAUCUCUUCUCCAUCAAGUUCUCAAGCAGGCGCCUGAUGCGUUAUCGGAUCUUGUUGACGAUUUCACACAAAAGUGCAAGGAUAUGGGCAACUACCAGGAGAAAUGGAAUUGGGAUUCCAAUGAAUUAUGGCGCUUCUUAGAGUCGUCUUUUCCGAGAGUCUUAGCAGUUCGUUCCAUCUGGCUGUUUGUUGAUGCUCUAGAUGAGUGCGGCGAAAGAAAUGCAAAAGACCUUGUCAAGAAGUUUAAACUCCUAGUUGAAAGGAUUACGCCUCUGUUUACUCACGGCAAUAAACUCCGGAUCUGUUUCAGCUGUCGUCAUUACCCAAUACUAAGCUCUACUGCUUUAUUGGAGGUAUGCCUCGAGAGAGAGAACCGAGGUGACAUUUCCACUUAUGUACGGUCCGAACUAUUCCCAUACGGAGAAUCAAUGUCAAUCACGAUUCCAGACUUAAUUAUAGAUCGUGCUUCUGGCGUCUUUUUAUGGGCAGAGCUGGUAGUAAAACUCGUUAUAGAUCUUGGACUAAAUGGCGAUGGGCCAGCCAAGAUUAUGGCGGCAGUGCAUUCUAUCCCAAAAGGCCUCGACGAGCUAUAUGAAAGACUCAUUCGCAAUAUGACACCAGCAUCUCUAAAACUAAUCAAGUGGGUUUGCUUUGCCACGCGGCCAUUGUCGGUUAGUGAACUACGGUGGGCUAUGGCUGUCAGAGCCGAUUAUUCCUCAUUGAAUGCAUGCCAAAAUGCAGAGGAUUAUAUACCAGAUGAUGAUCGCAUGAAGAAACAGAUUGUGAAGCUCAGUCGGGGGCUUGCUGAGGUCACAACGGGGGACGAUCUAAUUGUCCAGUUCAUUCACCAGUCAGUCAAAGAUUUCUUCAUCGAUAUGGGCCUGUCGAAACUAGUUGAAGAGAUCGUUGGAGACUCGACAUCGCCCUAUGCAGCCAUUGGAGUGUCUCACUUGGAAUUAUCGAAAGCUUGCAUACAAUACUUUGCGAUGGAAGAAGUCGUACAAUUGACAAAUUACGAAAGACAAAAAUUGUAUACGGAGUUCCCUUUCCUGCGCUACGCUAUUUCUUCAUGGGUAGCGCAUCUGAAGAAAAGCGAUGACUAUGGAAUCACGCCAGAGGGAGUAUUGGACUUCUUUGAAUGGCCGUUGAAUAAUCUACUGGAUAUCUGGACAAAAAUUUACAAUGAGAUGCAUCGAUAUUCAGACGGUUGCCCAACAGACGAUACCCACCUUGAACACGUUGCAGCAAGGUAUGAUAUCCAGGGAGUAAUGAACGGCAUUUUGCAGAGCCAUAGUGUGACUACUAUUGGAGUCGACUCAAAAGACGGUUCUGAAAUGACACCGCUGGCAUGGGCUGCAAAGAAUGGGCAUAAAGAUAUGUGCAGGCUCUUACUUGGCACGGGUCGGGUUGAGAUCGAUGCAAAAUGUCUGAAUAACCAAACGCCUCUAUUCUUAGCUGCACAGGGGGGGCAUCAGGCUGUGGUUAGCCUCUUGCUUGCCACGAAACAGGUUGACAUCAAUGUGGAAGAUGGAGCGGGCAUGACACCACUAUCAUUAGCUACAAAGAAUGGAGAUUUGGCUCUAGUCAAGCUAUUAUUUGACACAGGCCAGAUCGACUUCAAUACAAAAGCCCAUGACCACGCAGAGAUGAUCUAUUCAACGAAUUAUGAGGGCCACACGCCGCUAACGUUGGCCGCGAUGAAAGGGUACGAGGUUGUAGUCAAGCUUUUGCUCGCCACGGGCAAGGCUGAGAUCAAUUUAAGGGGCUUUGGAGGUCAUGCAGCGCUGGCAUUGGCUGCGAUGAGUGGACAGGAUGCUGUAGUCAAGCUCUUGCUCGCCACGGACCAGGUUGAGAUCAACCCAAAGAACAAGAUUGGUGAAACGCCACUAUUAAUUGCCGCGGAGCACGGACACGAGGCUGUGGUUAAGCUUUUGCUCGAUACAGGCAAAGUCGAGAUUAAUUCACAGAACUGGGGUGGCGACACGGCGUUGUCAAAAGCCAUAGAUAAGGGGCACGAGGCUGUGGUCAAGAUUUUACUCGCCACGGGCCAGGCUGACAUACAUUCAAAGUAUUUGGGAGAUUGGACAGCCCCCUCAUGGUUUGGAACGCCAAAUCGUAAGGCUAUCAAUGAUCUGCUUAAACAAUAUUCCCGACUUCGUUCUUAG